UUGCAUUUAUAAACUUAAACCCAUCAAAAGGCCUCAUCCCAUUCUUCUUUUCUAACAAAGGAAACUCUGCAACUUUAGGCUAUGUUUGUGUUCUUCAAUAUGAUCCCAUGCAGGAAGCUAGCACCCUUCUGCCUUUUGUUUAGUAUUUUUGCUUUGAAUUCUGUGUUUGCAAGGUUUGUAGUGGAGAAGAAUAGCAUAUCUGUGCUAUAUCCAUUGGAUAUGCGAUCCAAGCAUGUUGGUGCUAUUGGCAACUUUGGAGUACCUGAGUAUGGAGGGUUCAUGCUGGGAUCAGUGGUGUAUCCAGCCAAGGGUGCCAAUGGUUGUGAACCCUUUGCUGAUCCCUUCAAGUCUAAAUCUAAGAAUCCUACUAUUCUCCUUCUUGAUCGUGGAGAAUGUUACUUUGCCUUGAAGGUGUGGAAUGCUCAACAGGCUGGAGCUGCAGCAGUAUUGGUGGCUGAUGGCAUAGAUGAACAUCUAGUUACAAUGGAUUCUCCCAAGGAAAGCACUGAUGCAGAAAAAUAUGUGGAGAAGAUCAACAUUCCAUCAGCUUUGAUAAAAAAGUCCUUUGGUGACAGCCUAAAGCAAGCCUUGAAUAAAGGUGAAGAUGUGGUGAUAAGGUUGGACUGGAGAGAGUCAAUGCCACAUCCUGACCAGAGAGUUGAAUAUGAGUUCUGGACAAACAGCAAUGAUGAGUGUGGGAUUCGUUGUGAUGAGCAGAUGAAUUUUAUAAAGAACUUCAAAGGCCAUGCUCAGAUUCUUGAAAAGGGGGGUUACACUUUGUUCACACCACAUUACAUAACUUGGUAUUGCCCUGAGCCUUUUAUUUCUAGCAGACAGUGUACGUCCCAGUGCAUAAACAAGGGGAGAUAUUGUGCCCCAGAUCCAGAGCUAGAUUUUGACACAGGAUAUCAAGGAAAAGAUGUGUUGCUUGAGAACGUGAGGCAGCUUCGUGUGCAUAGAGUUGCCAAUGAGAGCAACAGGUCCUGGGUCUGGUGGGAUUAUGUGACAGAUUUUCACAUUAGGUGUUCUAUGAAGAACAAGAGGUACAGCAAAGAAUGUGCUGAGGAUGUCAUGAAAUCACUUGAUUUGCCUAUUGAGAAAAUCAAAAACUGCAUGGGUGAUCCUGAAGCAAACAGAGAGAAUGAAGUCCUUAAAAAGAAGCAAGAACUUCAGUCUGGCCGAGGAUCACGUGGAGAUGUUGCCAUUUUGCCAACGCUGAUUAUUAAUAACGUUCAAUAUCGAGGGAAAUUGGAGAGAACAGCCGUGCUUAAGGCCUUAUGUGCUGGAUUCAAGGAGACUACAGAACCUGCAAUUUGUUUGAGUGGAGACAUCGAGACUAAUGAGUGCCUUGAGAGGAAUGGUGGCUGUUGGCACGACACAAAUGCAAAUAUAACAGCUUGCAAGGACACAUUUAGGGGAAGAGUGUGUGAGUGCCCUACUGUGAUGGGUGUUCAGUACAGAGGAGAUGGUUAUGUAUCAUGUGAAGCUUGUGGACCUGGUAGGUGUACAAUUAAUAAUGGAGGCUGCUGGUCUGACAAAAAAAGUGGAUUAACCUUCUCUGCUUGCUCAGAAACACGGUCAAUGGGCUGUGAAUGCCCACAGGGCUUUCAUGGGGAUGGUCAUACAUGUGAAGAUAUCAAUGAAUGCAAGGAAGGUAUUGCCUGUCAGUGUGACGGUUGCUCCUGUAACAACACUUGGGGCGGGUAUGAGUGCAAGUGUAAGGCCAAUCGUCUCUAUAUAAAGGAACAAGAUGUUUGUAUUGAACGCAGUGGAUCAAGAUUCGGAUGGUUCCUCACCUUCAUUGUAAUAGUAGUUGUGGUGGGUGCUGGCCUAGCUGGUUAUAUAUUUUACAAAUACAGGCUCCGGUCUUACAUGGACUCGGAGAUCAUGGCUAUCAUGUCACAGUACAUGCCAAUUGACAAUCAGUAUGCCAAAGAAGUUCGAAGUGACACUCAGCCUUUACGGCAGACCUCAACUGUAUAAGGGUGAAAGCUGAAAGUAAAGGGUGCCAAAGGUCUAGCUUCAGUGCUUAAGGGUGCCAAAGUAUGGUUAGAUUGCAAUUAUAUGUUGGAUGCGAUACAGAACACUGAGCCUGAACGAGGUCUGAUUCCUGCCAUAGUGAUCUAUAAGGACCAGCUAUACUUAUCUGUAUACUUACAGAACCCUCCUUUUUUUUUCUCCUUGUGGAUACUAGAUAAGAUAGUUGAGAUGUUAUUAUAUAAACACAGAUAGAACUAUAGAAGGAAGAAUACUGUAUCAUGUUGCAGUUAAGAAAUAAGGAAAGUGAAAGAGAAGUAAAGAGUAAGGGAUGUUUAAAAUUGAUGGUUGUUUGAAAUCUUGUUGAACACUGCCUAUCUGUGUGCUCUGAACAAAAACCCACUUACUCGUGCGUGUUUAGUUCAAAAAACAUGGCCAGAAAAAUAUAUUCAGGAAAACAUUUUCCAUUUGUCAUCUCUAGAAAAAAGUUUUCCUUCCUUCCAUUCACGAACAAAUAUAAAUCAAUUACUGUA